CAAUAGUAUAUAUUCACUUCCUGUUGUGAUGAUUUUCCAAUGUAUGUGAUACAGGAACGUAUUCUCUAAUCUGACCAGGAAAAUGGGCAAGGAAGUCGACUUACUUAACGCUGUUAAGGACAAUGACCAAAAGAAACUACAGAAACUUUUGCUACCUGAUAAGGGUUAUCAGGUUAGAAGAACGACAAUGCCAUCAUCAACGCGCAUACCAGGAGGCCGUAUCCGUGUGAAGCUUGACCAUAUCAACAUCAACUGUCGUGAGGUGACGGGUUCCUCGGGGUACACACCGCUCAUUCUGGCCGUUCAAAAUGGUAAUAAGGAUAUGGCAGAGACUUUACUCUUUCAUUCCGCAGACGUCGACUUCCCCGACAACAAAGGUAACACCCCACUUCAUCUAGCUGUGUUCUCAGGACAGGCCGACAUGGUCGAGUUGUUACUACAGAAUAAUGCUAAGGUGGACAUUCAGAACAGCGAUGGAAACACGCCAGUUCACAUCAUCUCACAAUGUGACUACGACCACCGGAUCAAAAUUAUGCUAAAAUUACUGAAAGUAUCACCGAUGCUGUACACCAGAAAUAAGACCCAGGCAACACCACUGGACCUAGCAGCAAUGUUCAACAAGAAAGACAUAAUGUCCAUCAUGCUCGACCAAGACCCAUCCUUGAAGUACAACACUACGGCUAUCAUAGAGUCGGCCAUUCGUGGACACACUGAGAUUGUCCAGCUUCUGUUGGACUACGGAGUCAGUCCUAACGGCAUUAGUGAUCUUAAGGAAACUGGACCUUUACACGAGGCCACAAGGUUUUGUAGAGUGGAAGUUGCCAAGAUCCUCCUCAAAUACGGAGCUAAUCCUGCUGUGAGGAACAUGAAAAAUGAGUCACCUCAAUCCUUAGCAAACGGUCUACCAAAAAUAAAGCGUGAAGAAUUCUUGAAAUUAUUUGAAGAGUUCAAGGUCACGGGAGCUACAGCCACACCAAGGUUCAUAGAAAACGAGAAUGGCGAAUUUUUUUCAGCUCCCCAAAAAUGCUAUCCCGAGUUACCGACCGACCCUUCCUGGACAAGAAAUACACCAGAGUAUUGUAACAGCUCUACGCCAAACAACCCAAACACCAACCUACUAGACGGUAACCUCAGAACAUUCUGGAUAAUGCAGGAUGCACAUCACGUAUGGACAGUGCUGGACUUGCGCCAUAGCCACACACUCACGGGAAUAACCAUAUAUGGAUGGGAUAGUCCAAAAAUGGUGAAAUGCUUUGAAAUUCAAAGAGGAUGUAACAUAGAAGGUCCUUGGACAACAACGGGCUCGUUCGUUUGUAAACGGACAGGAAGAAGUGACCCUAAAGACGACGCUGUUGGCCAGUCGUUCAAAGGGUUUGAAGCUAGUUCGCGAUAUUGGAGACUUCAAGUCCUCAGUAAUCAUGGCGACAGCUACACGUGUUUCCAAGGAAUGACACUUUGUGGAUCCGAUGACAGGGUGGCAGAUACUAUAAACAAACUGGGGUUUACACAGUACAUCGACAAGUUCGUGUGUAAGGGUUGUAAUACGUACCGGAAGUUUCUACUCCAAGACGAUGACGAUUUACAAGAAGUGUGUACAGAGGAUGAUGUGCAGACUUUGUCAAAGGAACUGAAGAGAUUACGGAAAGCAGAAUUCAAACUCCUUCAUCCAAAAUGGAAGCAACCUCCGCCAUGUUCAAUUACAACAGGGGAGAUAAUCCCAGAUAUGGUUGUAGAAGGAGACGUUGGAUGUACUGAUAAAUUAACCUUAUCAGUUGAAGGUGGUUGUGAUGUUUUACGAGGGAAUCUGACGACCAAUCUUGAAACCACUCGCGUCCAGGCAAAACCUAUUGCAACGUUUACGGGUAUCACCCUCAGUACAGAUGGAACCUACAGAGUACUCGUACAUUCCGAAUCAAAUCCGAAUAUUACCUUACGUGCUCCAGCAGAUAUCCAGACAAAACCGUCCUCAAAUUUGUCAAAGGAAAACAAAGAUGCGUUUGAAAACCUGGAGGCAAUGUUAAAUGACCUUGCGAUGUCCUUUGAUCUGCCGAGCUGAUGAAGUGAACUUUACUAUGUAUACUGACCUAUCGGCCACAGUGAUUUUGCGAUGUCCCUUGACUUUACCUCGUAUAUACUGGCAUAUCGGCUACAGUGACCUUGCGACGUCCGUUGAGCUGACGAGCUGAUGAGGUGAAAAUACUUACCUAUACAGUGACCUUCCUGGACCCCAGGAUUUCCAUUACCUUGUAGUGUCAUCGUUUCGUGUUGUGUACAAAAUUGAGUCAAACUCAAACAGUUGAUGUCAUAUUUCCGUGAAAGGAAGUGCGCAACAUUUUCAACAACAUAUUACAACUAAUUGAUAGUAUUUAAUGACAUUUAGGAUACAUGAGUUGAGAACCUGGUGCUAUACUGGACCACGACGUGAAUCGGUUCAAUGUGUUCAUGUUUAUGUUAAAUGUGGCAAUAUCACGCGAUGUCGGGCUCAGAUGACAGAUUGUGAGUUUAUUCGAGCUUUAUUUAUUUGCUGUAUUUAAAUUCAAGAAAUUGUGAAUGAAAGGAAAUAUCUAAAUGUCUUCACAACUGUUGGCAUGAGAAUAUAAGCUACAUAUAAAAGUACCUAUAUAAGAUCAACAUAACUGUAAAAACAAGCUAGUUUGAAAUUUGUGAUGGCACCAUGCAGUGUGGUCUUGGCAUUUUAAUCAAGUACAGGAAACAGGAAAUUAUCGCCGUUGCAUAUUAAUAUCCGCGUCUGGCCACUGCCAAGCGAUCGAUUGACCGCUAUUGUUAGGGGAGUUUAACAAUGUCAGUUUUAUUAUGUAUUAAGUGAAUCAAUACCCAUGCUAAAUUAUCAACACAUCUGUCGCCGCUUUCCGUACCUUAAUCUAUUUUCGUGUUGAAAUUAGUUUCCGGACAAACCAAAAUCUCUGAACUACGAGAAUUGUUUAAUUAUAAUUAUGUAUCUCAGAAAUAUAUACGCUUGUUUUACAUCAAUACAACCUCAGGUUUAAAGAUAAGUGAAAAGCAUUUUUUUUCCAAAUCAAACACAUCAUCUCCAAGUAUGAAUGAUUCUACGUAUUCGAGACGCAUUUUUAAACACUUUAUACAAAGGCAUUAAUCUAUUGAUCCUAUACAGUGUAGCAUUAUUAUUAAAUUAUCAUUCAUCUAUAUAACUCUAUUACUAUAAUAACCAGGUUCUAUAAUUAAAAGAUUGGUCAUCCAUAUAACUCUGUAUUACUAUAUACAGGUGAAAUCAAGCAUACACGACACUGAUAAAUGUAUCAGCAAGAGAGAAGUUUCCUGCAGACAGAAACAAUCUAAAUAUACGUUAUGUUAACAAAAACAGCUAUAAAUCGACUUGCUCAAAGAAGCCUCUGUAUAUUAAAUGUUGAUUAAACAGGGCGAAUGACCAAUUAUGAUUUACAUACGGUACACUAAAUGUUGAUUUAAGAGAGAAAGUGACCAAUUAUCAUUUUUGAUCGGAGGUAAUCAAUACUAGAUAAAGACGUGCAUCACUCUCAACAAAUACGUUAUUUGUGUUAAAACAUAGUCUUGUAUACUUUCAAAUGUCACGUAUUUUCAUUUAUAAUUAAGGUAUUGUUUACACAUCAGUAUAUUUCUAAUUUUUCAUAAUUACCAAAAGAAAUUAUUGAUGAAUGUUUAUGAGACACAUCCAAAAUGACAUUUCUCAUUAAUUUUAAAAUGAGAAAUUACCAAACUCGUUUUCAUAUUUUAACCAGUGCUAGGGCUAUAUUGCAGUAUCGUUUGACAUCAGAACGAGAAAUUAACUCAACGUAACAUUUUGGCGAUCGAAAGUAGGGUCAGAAACACUAUCUAUACAUGUCUUUAGUAUUCACCAAUACAAAAAUACGAAUAUGUAAGUCUAAAUUUGUCCUAGUUGCCUAUUGGUGGCAAUAAUUGUUUUGAAACAAGGUCUCAAUAGCCUAGCAAUGUGAAUGACAUCGUCUCCAUUAGGCAUAUCUUUCUUUUACAAAUAUUUUAUUCCUUCAGCUGGAGUUAUUGUCUAUGUGAGGAAUAUAUUCCUGUUGUCAAUGUGUUAUCACAUCCUUACAUACUGUUCCACUUAACUUAGGAUCGUAUUACGUACAAUAAACCAUACGAGUACUGUAUGUAGAAGUGUUCACGGCUUUAAAAUAGCGUGCUUACAAUUAAUGACUGGUUCCGCAACAGGUUUAGAUGUACACGUAUAUGUUUUGGAAAAGCAAUACAUUAAAUUAUUCAAGUAACAGUGCAUCAGUCCCAUAUUCAUCUACGGAUAUAUUUUCUUUCAAUAUGUUUAAAGUUCCAUCUGAUGUGUUUUGUAGUAAAGUAAUGAAUGAAAAAAAUAACUCUAAUAUAACGCUAGCAAAUACGUUAGUUUGUGUUUUGUUACCAAUACUUUAUUAGAAAACGGCUUCACUUUAUAUAUUACAUAUAUAAAAAUGUAUAUAUACAAAUCUAUAUGCAUGCCUAAAGAAAGAAAAUAGAACGUGUAUAUUAUCGUUGAUUGUAAUUAGGAGAAUGUUACUUAGUGUUUACGUUGAUGUUUGUGCCACAUCAACAAUAGUAUUGAACAUCAUAUGUAUCAUCCGAAAAAAGGUCAUAGCCAUUGUUAUUUUAAACAGAAAGUUAUCUUGUUUUACAUAGAAUCUUUGCCAUGGUCUUGUAGACUGUGAAUGUACAAAACCCAGAUUACUGUGAUAAUAAAAUAUGCUUGUUACACAA